GGGGGAAAACACUUUUUCACACCACUGUAUGGCCUAAUGAUUCAGUGAUUACAUAACAUCCACAAAAGUGGUGACAUGUUCCUCCACUAUGAAUCUUUUCAUAUUUCUUUUUAUCUCUUUUUACUGAACAAUUUUUAAAAUACCAACAAAUAUUUGGUCUGCAAUUUUUUUUUCAGGCAUCAAUUAGAACAUUAGUAACAGUGGUUCCUUUGAUAAUGACAUCACUCUGCUGCUGUGGGCUUUAAAGGUUUAAAAGAAGCAGAGGCGUUACAGGUCCGUUCAGAGGAGGAUUAGUCAUACAGUGUAAUUAACUAUGUUCUGUAGUUUUUAACAAACAUUAUAUUGACUUGAAAUAACUUUGGGAUGUAAGUAAACUAAAUAUUGUUCAUAUAUGUGCUUGAUGUGUUAUUUUCACACUCUAACAAUCAUUAAUGUAAAGUUUAGAUUAGUUUACCUUCACAAAUUUGUGACAAAAUGUAACAUAUUGCAGUAGUUUGUCCUGUGAAUGUGUUAUAAUUGCUUGAUAAACCAAAAGGGGAUCAUGAUAAACUCUACACAGGUUUCAUAUAUCACACUUGGUGCCUACUUUGACAGUGGUCCUAUAAAAUAUUUGUUUUUCAUGAUUCUUAUAUCUUUAUAUACUUUUAUCAUCAGUGCCAAUGUUUUGCUCAUCGUGAUUAUCUGCAUGAACAGAAGCUUACAUGAACCUAUGUACCUUUUUCUGUGCAGCCUGUUUGUAAAUGAGCUGUAUGGUAGUACGGGGUUGUUUCCUUUCCUUCUGGUUCAGCUUCUCUCUGACGUUCACACUAUUUCUGCUCCCUUUUGUUUCCUGCAGAUUUUCUGCUUGUAUACAUAUGGAAGUGUGGAAUUUUUCAACUUAGCCAUCAUGUCUUAUGACAGAUAUCUUGCUGUUUGUUAUCCUCUACAAUAUAACACACUCAUGACAUUUAACAAGGUCGCCACGCUUAUUGCUCUAACAUGGUUAUACCCUUCCCUUGUAGUUGUUGUCCUGACAUCUUUGAGUGCCUCUUUACAGCUGUGUGGGAACGUCAUUCACAAAGUUUACUGUGACAACUACUCUGUCGUCAAACUGGCAUGUUAUGACACCAGCGUGAAUAACAUUUAUGGAUUUAUUGCCACUUGCUUUCUAAUCUUUGGUCCUGUAAUUUUAAUCCUUUACACUUACAUUAAGAUUCUUAAAGUUUGUUUUUCUGGUUCCAGACAGACGAGACAAAAAGCUGUCAGUACCUGCACACCUCACCUUGCUUCCCUGCUCAACUUUUCUUUUGGUUCUUGUUUUGAAAUAUUACAGAGCAGAUUUAAUAUGAACAGUGUACCUAAUAUGUUGCGAAUUUUUUUAUCAUUAUACUGGCUUACAUGCCAGCCGCUCUUUAACCCUGUAAUGUAUGGACUGAAAAUGUCUAAAAUCCGUACCGUAUGUAGGAGUUUGUUUUGUUGGAAAGCGUUGAACAUCCAAAAGAUUUGUGUAGCUUGACUAACAAUAAAAACAAUAAAUGUA